AUGUGCUUAUUUUACGCAAAUGACUUGUUUCUCCGCGUCAGUAUGGGCAGUUGCGUGCGUAAAGUGUCUCGCAGCGCUAUUUCCUUUCUGCACGUGUUGCGGCGACAUGUUUCCUACGACUUUCUUGUCUCCCGCUUUUUUUUCUUGCAAAUAACGACGAUGAUUAUGGUUGCUACUGUUGAUGCUGUUUUUUCCCCUACGGCGCUUACUUCGUAA